GAUUAAAGACGUUUUCAUCUCACUUCUUGCAGGUGUUUUAACAAACAGAGGUAAUCUGUGAAAGACUGGUUAUUUUGUAUAAAUUAUAAUCCAGCCUGUAAAGCUUUAGGGCAGACAAAAACCCAUUCCCUCUGUGACUGGUACUUGAACUGUGGGGACUUGGCUUUGACAUAUCCCUGUGGAUGGACUGAAGGUGGGGAGGAAAAGGGCAUCGUGCAGGCUCCCUCUAGUAUGGCAAACAACAUUCACAUGAGUGGGCUGCUCAGCCGCCAUGAUGAUGAAGCCACCAGGACUUCUACUUCUGAGGGCCUGGAGGAGGGCGAGGUGGAAGGGGAGACUCUCCUGAUCGUGGAGUCUGAGGACCAGGCUUCUGUGGAUUUAUCGCAUGACCAGAGCGGCGACUCCCUGAACAGUGAUGAGGGUGAAGCGUCCUGGAUGGAGGAGAUGUCCUAUUACUGUGAGAAGUGCCAGAAGUGGAUACCAGCAAGUCAACUGAGAGAACAGCUCAGCUACCUCAAAGGAGAUAACUUUUUCAGAUUUACUUGCUCUGAUUGCUCAGAAGACGGGAAGGAGCAAUUUGAACGUCUGAGAUUAACAUGGCAACAAGUUGUCAUGUUAGCAAUGUACAACUUGUCUCUGGAAGGAACGGGCCGUCAGGGGUACUUCAGAUGGAAGGAAGACAUUUGUGCUUUUAUUGAGAAACACUGGACUUUCCUAUUAGGGAACAGGAAAAAGACCUCAACAUGGUGGAGCACAGUUGCUGGCUGUCUCUCUGUGGGGAGCCCCUUGUUUUUCCGCUCAGGGGCACAGGAAUUUGGAGAACCGGGAUGGUGGAAGCUGGUUCAUAACAAACCCCCAACAUUGAAACCUGAAGGAGAGAAGCUGUCUGCCUCUGCUCUGAAGGCAAAAGCAGCUUCCAAGCCCCCACUGGAUCCCAUCAUUACUGUGGAAGGUCUUCGGAAGCGGGUGAGCCGCAAUCCAGUCGAGUCAGCCAUGGAGUUGAAGGAGAAGAGGUCCCGCACUCAGGAAGCCAAGGACAUUCGGAGAGCCCAGAAGGAGGCGGCCGGGUUCCUGGAUCGCAGCACUUCCUCCACUCCUGUGAAGUUCAGCAGCCGCUGCCGCCGGCCUGACAUUGUCCUGGAGAAAGGAGAGGUCAUCGACUUCUCCUCCCUGAGCUCAUCCGACCGCACACCUCUGACCAGCCCCUCUCCGUCUCCGUCCCUGGACUUCUCUGCUCCUGGCACUCCUGCCUCGCACUCAGCCACUCCCAGCCUGCUCUCGGAAGCAGAUCUCAUCCCGGAUGUCAUGCCACCACAGGCAUUGUUCCAUGAUGAUGAGGAGAUGGAAGGAGAUGGAGUCAUAGACCCAGGAAUAGAGUAUGUUCCCCCUCCCAGUGGGACAGCUGGUGCUGGCACCAUGAUAGCAAGCAGAAAAAAAGUGAAGACAGCUGAACAAAUCAAGCAAGAGGUGGAGAGUGAAGAAGAGAAAACAGAACGGAUGGAAGGUGACAGUGAAGAUCCUGAAGAGUCAAACACACCCUUGCAGGUGAGAGGACGAGACAAAGGGAAGUCACAGCUGGAGAAGGAUGCUAAACCCAGAGUUCCCAAGCGCACCUCAGUUAGCAUCUAUGAGGAGAAGCUGCUGCUGAAGAGACUGGAAGCCUGUCCCAAUGCCUUGAGCAUGACCCCAGAGGCCCAGAGGUUGAGGCGCAAGCUGCUGGUCAGGCAGGCCAAGAGGGAAAGAGGACUCCCACUCUUUGACUUGGACCAGGUCGUGAAUGCUGCACUGCUCCUGGUUGAUGGGAUUUAUGGGGCCAAAGAAGGUGGUGGCUCCAGGUCCCCAGUAGGGCAAGCAACAUACAGAACUACUAGCCAGGACUUCAGGAUCUUGGACAGGUACCAGACAAUGCUGCCCACCACAAAAGGAUAUCGCCAGCAGACAACCAAGUUUCUGUACCGCCUGGUAGGCUCAGAAGACCUGCUGACAGACCACAGUAUUGUCAGCCCUUACACCUCCCGUGUCCUUAAACCUUACAUCAGACGUGAUUAUGAGACAAAGCCCCCAAAACUCAGGCUGCUGGCAGAAAUCCGGGCGAAUCCACACAGGAAUGAUCUCAACUGGAAGGCUGAGCCAGAAGCACCCAUUGAUUACUGCUACGUUCGCCCUAAUCACAUCCCCACUAUAAACUCCAUGUGCCAUGAAUUCUUCUGGCCUGGAAUCGAUUUGUCAGAGUGCCUGCAGUAUCCAGACUUCAGUGUUGUUGUUCUUUACAAGAAAGUUAUCAUUGCCUUUGGCUUUAUGGUGCCAGAUGUGAAGUACAAUGAAGCUUACAUCUCUUUCCUGUUGGUGCACCCUGAGUGGAGAAGAGCUGGGAUUGCAACCUUCAUGAUUUAUCAUCUUAUCCAGACCUGCAUGGGCAAGGAUGUCACCCUUCACGUCUCUGCAAGCAACCCUGCUAUGCUGCUCUACCAGAAGUUUGGAUUUAAGACCGAGGAGUACAUUUUGGAUUUUUAUGACAAGUAUUACCCCUUGGACAGCAAGGAGUGCAAGCAUGCUUUCUUCCUCAGGCUGCGGCGCUGAGCUGCUGGAGGGGUCUGGGGACCUAGGAAAAGCCCAAUCCAUCCAAAAGACCUCCCCCAGCUUUUGGUGGAGGAUGUUGGCUGCCAUAGGAGAGUUGGAACACACUGGCAUGUUUAUCCCUAGGAUUUUGGAUGUCAACAGUGAGAUGUUGUAUGUGGAAAAUGCAAUCCAAGAGGAUUGCUUCAAGAGGAGAGGCCUGGAAGUACCAACUAGGAUACACUGAAACCAUUGGAAAAUUGAAAUCCCUUAUGGGGAAUUUUCCUGCCACUGUUACUUGGGAGAGCCUCAUUCGCAAACAACAACACCAAAAAACCUAACCACCCCCCCAAAACAAAACAAAAAAAACCCAAAAAAACCAAAAACCAAAACAACAACAACAAAAAAACACAAAAAACAAAACAACCCCCAAAAACAAAACAAAAAAACCCCACAAAACAACCAAAAAAACAAAACCCAAACAACAAAAAAAACACACACAAAAACCCAAUUCCCCCCCCCCCCCCCCCAAACUGUUUCUGACUUCAGAGGGGGCCCAUGGAUUUCAAGUUUUCAAACCUGUCAAAAAGAUGUUGCAGGGGUUUUGUCUGUGUUUUUGUUUAUGAGCAAAAAUGAACACCUAACCUUAAAUCAUUCAGUGUUUCUGUGGUCUGAUUGCUUUGUUAGGAACCAUCUUGAGUCUGUGAAGGGAAAUAAGGUAUUGGUGCCUGUAGCUGGAUGUUAACUUUAGGAAAGUUCUACACAUGCCAGAACUGUAGUCGUGGAACCAUGUUUCAGGAAUACUGAAGAGCAUGUGCAUACCUGUUAUCCCAAGUACAAAGCUCAGAGGAGCCACUUCCAUUUCGCUCCUUCCCUGCUGCCUUCCCUUCCCCUCCUUGCCCUGUGCUCAGUGUGAAGUGCAGUUGUAGUGCACUGUGUUUUGUGUUCAGGAACGGUGUUAGGUAGGUUUGUGUCUUGGCAAGGUAGGGCACCACAGCUGCCAAAUUCAACUCUGGAAUCUUUCCACCUCUCUGCCUGUUGUUGGUUUGUGGAUCAGCCCUUUGGUCCCACCCCUACCCACAGAGCAGCCUCAAAGGGCUCCAGCACCCACCUCCUCCAGCUACAAGCGCUCUGACUCAAAGAAACCCGCAGCAAAAAUCAGUGGGGAUGUUUGAAAUGCAGGCUCUGCUUUGUAGAAGCAGUCUGCUCGCAGCUUGGAGGGAGGAGAGGGCAGAGGUGGCCCAAGUCCAGUUCUUAGAAUCACCUAGACUCUAAGUAUCAGUAAAGAGAAGAGCGAAGACUAAAUAGAAAUACCCAAGAAUUAAAAAAUACAACCCUGUUGCUCUGGCAGUGGCUCUUUUCCUUUUCCACAGUGUAGCAGCUUCUCUCCCUCCCUUUUAGUGCAGAUGAAGAGAAAGCUGCACUGACCAAAGGCCAGGCUGUGCAUUGUAACUACGGCUCACAUCCGCUGGGAUGGUCCUUUCAGAUCAAGCCUACAGUGAACUACGCACCAAAUGUGACUUUUUUUUUGUCCUUAAUCUACUGUGUCUACUUGUUGGCUAUCUGACUAUAGCAGUAGUUGCCAUAGUGGAGUCUUAAUUUUGGCAGCAGAAGAGAAAGGGACACAAAAUAUGUUUUUGUGUAGCCAAUGUCCAUCAUCACCAGCACAAAACCAGUGGUAGUGGGAGGGGAAAGCAACUCAGCCAAGGGUUGUGUGCCUGAACAUCUGUGCAUAUUUCUAUCUGUUUCAUGACUUGGUGAAAAAUUUCAAUGUUCUUAAUAUUAUGAGUUAGCUAGAUUUUGAAAGAAAUGUAUGUCUUUAUGAAUGGAAUUAAAGCCCUGCCCUUGGAAAA